UCCUUAUUACUUAUUAUGACGUCACAAAAGUUGCAGGAUGAAACAAAUUUGCUAAAUAUUUCAUGAUUUAGCCUAAUUGUGGUGUUAGAUUAUUUAUACUAUAUUUUAAUUCGUUUAUUUUUAGUAAAGGAAUAUAUCGAAAUUUAUAGCUUGGUUGUGUCAUAAGUUCCUUUGUGUUCAAGAUGGAUUCAGAGGAAGAAAUUAUUUAUGAGUGUGAUUCUGGGAAUGAGUCUAGUGGUGAAGAAGACGAUGGUCUGUCAAUCGGAUUAGAGCCUCAACCAAUGACUACUAAAGAUAAAAUGGAGAUCGAAGAAGAAUUUCCUUAUGAAGUUUUGACAACCGAGCAGAUUGUGCAGCAUAUGAUAGACUGCAUUAAAGAAGUUAAUGUUGUGGUUCAGAUUCCCCCCACUGUAACAAGAAUUCUUUUGAACCAUGUAAAGUGGGAUAAAGAAAAACUUUAUGAAAGGUAUUAUGAUGGAGAUCCUGAUAGACUGUUUAAGGAAGCUCACAUUGUUAGUCCUUAUAAAAGAGUUCCCAAUAAACUAUACAAGAGAACAACACGAGCAGGGUUAACUAUUACUGAGGAAUGCGAGAUAUGUCUCAGGGAAAUCCCAGUUGUGAAAAUGACUGGAUUGGCUUGUGGUCAUCGAUUUUGUACUGAUUGUUGGACAGAAUAUCUCACAACAAAAAUUAUGGAAGAAGGAAUGGGUCAGACUAUAUCAUGUGCUGCCCAUGGAUGUGACAUCUUGGUAGAUGACCAGACAGUCAUGAAUCUUAUCACAGAUCCUAAGGUUAAAUUAAAAUACCAACAUCUAAUAACAAACAGUUUUAUUGAGUGUAAUCGUCUACUUCGAUGGUGCCCUACACCUGACUGUAACAAUGCUAUCAAAGUACAGUUUGUUGAUGCUCAGCCAGUUACCUGUAAAUGUGGACAUACCUUUUGUUUUCAGUGUGGAGACAGUUGGCAUGAUCCUGUCAGAUGUAGUAUCCUCAAAAAAUGGCAGAAAAAAUGUGAUGAUGACAGUGAGACAUCCAACUGGAUUGCAGCAAAUACAAAGGAAUGUCCCAAGUGCAAUGUAACUAUAGAAAAAGAUGGAGGUUGUAACCACAUGGUCUGUAAAAAUCAGAGCUGUAAAGCUGAUUUCUGUUGGGUGUGUCUUGGACCGUGGGAACCUCAUGGCUCAUCUUGGUACAACUGUAACCGUUAUGAUGAGGAAGAAGCUAAGGCAGCAAGAGAUGCUCAGGAACGGUCUAGGGCAGCCUUACAGAGAUAUCUUUUCUACUGUAACCGCUAUAUGAAUCAUAUGCAGUCAUUAAAGUUUGAACACAAGUUGUAUGCUUCAGUAAAAGAGAAAAUGGAAGAAAUGCAACAACAUAAUAUGUCAUGGAUUGAAGUACAGUUUUUAAAAAAGGCUGUAGAUGUCUUGUGUCAGUGUCGUCAGACUCUAAUGUACACAUAUGUCUUUGCCUAUUACCUGAGGAAAAAUAACCAAUCUGUUAUAUUUGAGGACAACCAACGGGACUUAGAAAGUGCCACAGAAAAACUUUCAGAGUACUUAGAACGUGAUAUUACUCAAGACAAUUUAUUAGACAUUAAACAGAAAGUUCAAGAUAAAUACAGGUAUUGUGAAAUGAGAAGGAAAGUACUUCUAGGACAUGUUCAUGAAGGUUACGAAAAAGACUGGUGGGAAUACACAGAAUGAAAGUUAAAUGUGAUACAGAGGAAGGAAUAAAACCGAUAUGGUUGUGUUGUGAAGUUUAAGGAAGUCACAUAUUCAUUCCCUUGCAGUUGUCUUCAUGACAGUUGCUUUUGCUGAAUGAAUGAACCAACACCAACCACUUAAGCUGUAGACCUAUCUAAAAGUUACAGCUAAGAUAUCAAGCCCAGGGUUUUAUACAUAUUCCUAUUUAAUAGUAAUUGGCAUUUAAAUAGAAAUUAAUGAAGAAGAUUAUGUUAGACGUAUGAUUAGUCUUGAAAAACCACACAAAGUAAACCUUUGAUGCAGAUGAAACCUGGACUUUUUAAUUAUAUAGUAAAACAAAUGUUUCCCAAAUUAGUAUAAAAGGAAGUAACAAGUUUUAAUGUUGUAGUGUUCAUGAGUUUUAUGACAUAACUAAGAAAUCUUGUCAGAUUUUUGCUAUUUUUAAAGUGCUCAUACCUGAUCAAGUGCAUUGAUUUUCUCAUUUCUCUGUGCAAUCAUUAAAACAAUUCUGCUCAUUUUAGUACUUCCACUUCAACCAAAUAUUUUACUCUAUACAUUUAUGUUCUACAUUGAAGUUUGGCAGCUGUUAGAUCUUGUUGUUUCUCUCACUUAUUUAUAAACUUUGAUUUGUUGUUGAAAGAACAAAUCAUUAGUGAAUUCUUAUUUCACAAGCUAGUACACAAUGUAGAAUUGUGUUUGAUAUCAAAGCUUUUCCAUUUUCAGAAUGGUUAUCUCACACAUUGCCAUUUGUCAGAGGUAAAAAUUUGAUGUGUCAAGCUUUGCACUAAGUUUUCUGGAAAAGUCUUAUUAUUUCACAGCACGAUUUGUAGAUUAUACAGAAACUAAAUUUGCUUACAUAAGAAGCAUGACAGUUACUAUUGCAUAGUUUUUUGUGACAAAAUAUUCAAUGAGCUAAAAUUGAGGCAAACUGACAUCACUUAACUAAGUGUCAAUUUUUUAUUAAUUUGUUCAAUGUACAUUUCAAUCAGCUGGGUAAUAUAACCUUUUGGCACAUGUAGCAAACAAAAAUCAUUCUUAAAUGGUUAAAAUUGUAAAGUUCAUAAAUAAAAUUAUUAGUUACAA